AUGGCGGACGAAGUCGAGCGACUCGCGAUUGCGCCUUUUAGAGAGAUCGUGGAGAAGGGCAAUGUAGCGAUCGGGAAUGCGCCAAAUGCCGACGAAGAAACGUCGCCGCUUAUGCUUAGGGCAGCCCAGAACCUAUUAAGAGAAGGAGAGCGGGCACUGAAGCGGAUAGAGCCGCUAUGCACUAAGAACUUCGAAGAAUAUGGUGUGAACUUUGUUGACGCGAUUAAGGAAAACGACGAAAUCGCGCAAUACCGAUCCGAACUAGAAGACUUAUUAUGGGAUUUUGACGAUUAUGUCGAACCUGACGAGUUCGAUGCCAACAAGUUCGAGGAAUUACAGAAGGCUUCGAGAAAAGCCGCGCCGAAGGUCGUGGAUAUCCUUAAGCGGAUGAAGCUAGUUGCCCCUGCGCCAACGUCAGCGAGGUCAUCAUCAGGGGGUGCAUCAGUCGUCCCUGAUGUCAACUCUCAUUAUGAACAAAUCCCAACAAGUAUUGUCAUCGACCCUCCGGCGUCCAAUUCGACAGAAAAACUGAUGGAAGAGACAGAGCUGCAGCUGAGCAGUAUGAUGGGAGCGGUGGCCGGACCCGACGAAGGUCUAGAUGCGGACCUACCUCCACGAUCAGUCAGCGACCUCGACCGAAGCAAUUCGCACCGCUCUGUAGUUUCCGAUGUCACCUCGGACCCUCCGCCAAGACCUCCCUCUACCGACCCAUGGCAAGUCGGCUCGGCCCCGCCUGUCAGUCCGGUAGAGCAACCAUCAGGGGAAGGAGACCGAUGGGAGCGUCGUCCUCCAGUUCCGAAUGACUCCCCGACUAUUCCCCACGCACAACCGGUUAGUCCUCACGGAAGCCUUUCGAGCCCCUUACGACUUCGCCGCAGGACCGAAGACCCCUCCAACCUGUCCCAGAGAGACGACGAGGACCGACGAAUGCGCGCGGCUUCGCGUAGCCUGGGGACGGCUAGUGAUGGGUCACGGUCGCCUAGGAAGAGCAAACGUUGGACUAACUCGACGCAGGGCUCGACCCAUAAAUCAUAUAGCGGAUUUUCAUCUGCGAACCGCUCUCCUGCUAACGAAGGCUCCGGGUGGCCGGGCCAACUUCCCGAUCCCACAUCUAGUCGCUCACCUUCUGACACAUCUUCUAUUCUCGGACAGUCUAUCCCCGAGAAUAGCGCCGUUCAUUCUACACAAGCCCCUAAAGGCAGUCUCCCUCCUAUCCCUAACUUUCCCCCUAGAGGGCAUUCCUUGGCGAGGCCCGGGGGCAGUCGUCGUUCAACUCGUCAUCCAUCAACUGAAUCAAUUAAUAGUUCCGUUUUUGAUAUUGUGGAAUGUAUGAGCCCUACGGCCCCUGGUGCUCCUGCAGCCCCUCCAGUGGCAACACAUAGAAGUUCCAUUAUGUCGGUGGAACCUCUUAGCCCGGGAGCACAACCUCCUGAGUAUAUGGGACAUCCACCUGUGUAUCAGCGUACACUGACGAACCCUAGCAUAUCUUCCGGCGUGGGAACGAUUACCAAUCAUUCUUCGUCUACUUUAACAGCCCGUCCUAGUAUAAUCACAAGUCAACUACCAACGAGUAUGGACGAGGGCUUGAUUCCCGUCGACAUGGAAAGUCCCAGAUCGGAUGGUCAAAUGGUACCUUCGAGAAUACCUGACUGCAGUAUAGGACCUCACAGCUCUUUCUAUAAACUUAAGGGGUUCUGCAAAGGGGCGGAAGAAGUAAUGGCAGGCCGACUUGGAUUCAAGAAAAUCAAGCGACCCGUUGGUGGUUUCUCCAUGGCGGUCGUAGCAAAGUGCAACCAUUGUUUAUUUGAAAUCGACUUCAAGUCAGUCGAGCAGGAUCUUAACAAUGACUCAUCUGGUAGUUUUACUUCUAACUCCAUUGGGUUUCGACUACGUAUACUCCAAAAGAGUCAUUUGCAAAUUAGACAUGUUGAGGAGCAAUUAUAUGGAUGCUUGUUCUGUAUCCAACAAGGAAAGACUGUCGAAGAAAGUGACGCUACAGUCUUCUUCAACCAGAGCCAAUUAUUUGCCCACAUGGCCCGCCAUCCCCGUCCACUCCCCCCCAUCUCCGGCGUUACUGUAGUUGAAGGCGCGGAAAUACCAGUGGCUUUCAAGGACAACUUUGACCUCCACUUCCCACAUGCGCCGAUGCAGUCCGUCAUGACGGGCCUCUCGCGGGAACUCUCCAGACUACCAUCGGCCGUUGCGACGGAGACGAGAAAGAUACAAAAUGGCGUCAUGCGCUCACCCCCUGGCAGAGACCCGGUGCUACACUACGCCAUAGGAGCCAAGAUAAUCGGCAUCGAAUUCCCCGCGAAAUACGAAGGUAAAUGGGGUAUUGGCUGGCACGACGGAGUGCGCGCCGCAUUCGAAAUCGACUCUGUGCAGAUCGACUCCCCGGCCAAACACGAGAUCAAGAUGCAGAAUACGAGUAACGUCCAGGCCAUGGCGCGAUGGAAGUGGAAUCAGAAGGGCGAUGAUAGAUGGCUGAAAUUUGACAAGGGAGACGUGAUCAAAAACAUUGCCUGGGCCUAUACCGACCACUGGUGCUGGUCAGGAACCACGUCCAAGGCGUGGGGGAUAUUCCCCCAGUCCCAUCUGGACCCUAACACGAUCAGGACAGUCCAACCCGGCGACACAGCUAGCGUGUCCAGCUGGGAGAAGAAGGGACCGCUGCGAUUCCAGCUCUCGCUCCGAAAGAACUCGGACCGCAAGCUGACGCCGUUCAGCUCUGUGACUCCCGGGAACGAGACGCCGCCUCUCCCUCCUAGCAGAGCAGGCGUCUACUAG